AUGCAUUCAAUUCGCCGAUGUGCGCCUUUUCAUGGCUUAGGCCUUCAAUGUGCAGGAUUCCGACCCGCUUCACGCGUCCCAACACAAUUCGCACGACUAACCACACAGCCCAUUCGAAAGAGUAGCUCUGCAUCACCUGUAAAGGCCCUGCAGGAGCGGGUCCAACAGAUCAAAGAUGUCUGCCCAGACCCAUACCCUCGUUUAGCAGCGGACCAACGCACAGUGAGCUGCGCCGAGUUUCGCUCUCGGUAUAGUGAGCUUGCCGACAAUGAUACAGUAGAAGAUUCCGUCGUCGUCUCUGGUAGGAUACGUACCUAUAGACUCGCGGGAAGCAAAUUGAUCUUCUUCGAUAUCGUGCAAGACGGCCAUAAACUCCAAGUGAUGUGCAACAAGCGUCAAUUGGAGAGGAUUCCUCCCGCGGAGUUCAAGAAGUUCUUUCGUCUUCUACGCCGCGGUGAUGCCUACACUAUCACCGGUAAACCGCACCGUACGGGGCGAGGCGAGCUCACCAUUGACGUGAGCGAGUUGCCGCAACUGUUGUCGCCAUGUCUGCAUGAUAUCCCAGUCCAUGACACCGAGCACAAGGCCGACGACAAGGUCUCACCGUAUCCUCGCCACGUUCAGUUCCUGGCUGAUCCUACUGCCGCGGAUAUCAUCCGGGCUCGAUCAGCCCUGACGCAGUAUUUGCGCCAGUUCUUAGUCGAUAGGAACUUUAUGGAAGUCAACACCCCCAUCGUCGGUUCUGUAGCAGGCGGUGCGAUCGCUCGUCCCUUUUAUACCACUGCUACCGAGUUCUCGACCCGUCAGCUAUCCCUGAGAAUUGCCCCGGAGCUAUGGCUCAAAAGGCUGGUAGUCGGUGGAUUCGACAAGGUCUUUGAAAUUGGACCCUCAUUCCGCAAUGAAGGACUGGACAAGACCCACAACCCAGAAUUCACCACUUGUGAAUUCUACCAGGCAUAUGCCAACCUCGAGAACCUGAUGACCAUGACCGAAGACUUCCUUUCCGGCAUUGUGUCUCAUAUUCGAGACUCAAACGCAAGCAAGGGCACUCUUAAUCCCACAUCUGCAAACUUCACAGCACCCUUCCGUCGGAUCGAUUUCAUUCUCGGAAUCGAAGAAGGCAUCGAUCGCAAGUUGCCGGAUCUAGAGUCACCCGAAGCCCUGGAGCAAGUGCAAAAGAUCUUCUCCGACCUCUCCCUCUCCCUCCCUAAGAACCCUACCCUCCCACGCCUCCUAGACGAACUAUGCAGCAUCUAUGUCGAGCCGCUAUGCACAGACCCGACAUUCAUCAUCAACCCACCAGAGUGUCUCUCCCCACUUUCCAAAUCCUUCAUCCACCCAACGACCAAGCAACGCGUCGCUGCACGUGGUGAGCUCUUUGUGGAAGGCAAGGAAUUGGUAAACAUGUAUGAGGAGGAGAACUCGCCCUUCGAGCAGCGUCGCAAAUUCGAGGACCAGCUCCGAUUCAGCAAGGACGCUGGUGAGCCUGGCGAGAUUGACGAGAGUUAUCUCGAAGCACUCGAAUGGGGCCUGCCAUCUACCGGUGGAUGGGGCUGUGGCAUUGACCGUCUUUGUAUGCUGCUGACCGGCGCUAAGCGGAUUGGCGAUGUGUUGCCAUUUGGCAACCUGAGGUCGGUCAGUAGACGGCCUGGUACCAGCGAGUGA